AUGGAGAAUUCCAUUAACAAUGCUCAAACAGCAGAAAGAGAAGGAAAGCGUGUAAGACCCAGAGCAGCAAAAGGUCCCAGGACAUCUCAUAAGCUUUCUUCGGAGUUUUCCGAAGAGUUAAAGAAAGCAGAAGAUGCUUUAACAAGUGAUGAAGCUAACGGGGUCUUCAUUUCUCUCCCCGAAGAAUUAUCUUGUGAAGUUCGAUCACGACCCGGAGCAGCCAAAGGCGCACGAACGGCCCACACAAUUUCUGCAGAAUUUGAAGAAAGAAUAGAACUAGAAGCAAGCAGUCAAGAAAAAGAAGCUUCUGACAUUUUCUCCGGAGAAUUAAGCGGACCCGAAGCAGAGGUCAAAUCUUCUCCUAGGACAACUCUUUCAGCCAAAAAGAAGCAUCCUGGGGAUUCUCGAUCCCGACCACGAGCAGCCAGGGGCUCACGAACAGCCCACAAACUUUCUGCUGAAUUUGAAACAGAUGCAUCUACUCCAGCAAAAGAAGAUUCCUGCAUUCACCUGGGGGAACUUUAUGGACUUGAUUCAGAGGAUGAGAGCUCUAUUAGGACAACUCUAUCAGCCAAGAAGAAGCCUCCUGAGGAUUCUCGAUCUCGAUCACGAGCAGCCAGGGGCUCACGAACAGCCUACAAACUGUCUGCUGUAUUUGAAACAGAUGCAUCUACUCCAGCAAAAGAAGAUUCCAGCAUUUACCUGGGGGAACUUUAUGGACUUGAUUCAGAGGAUGAGAGCUCUAUUAGCACAACUCUAUCAGCCAAGAAGAAGCAUCCUAACGAUUCUCGAUCCCGAUCACGAGCAGCCAGGGGCUCACGAACAGCCCACAAACUUUCUGCUGAAUUUGAAACAGAUGCAUCUACUCCAGCAAAAGAAGAUUCCAGCAUUCACCUGGGGGAACUUUAUGGACUUGAUUCAGAGGAUGAGAGCUCUAUUAGGACAACUCUAUCAGCCAAGAAGAAGCAUCCUAACGAUUCUCGAUCCCGAUCACGAGCAGCCAGGGGCUCACGAACAGCCCACAAACUUUCUGCUGAAUUUGAAACAGAUGCAUCUACUCCAGCAAAAGAAGAUUCCAGCAUUCACCUGGGAGAACUUUAUGGACUUGAUUCAGAUGAUGACGGCUCUAUUAAGACAACACUGUCAUCCAAGAAGCAUCCUAAAGAUUCUCGGCCACGAGCAGCCAGGGGCUCACGAACGGCCCACAAAAUUUCUGCUGAAUUUGAAACAGAUGCAUCUACUCCAGCAAAAGAAGAUUCCAGCAUUUACCUGGGGGAACUUUAUGGACUUGAUUCAGAGGAUGAGAGCUCUAUUAGGACAACUCUGUCAGCCAAGAAGAAGCCUCCUGAGGAUUCUCGAUCCCGAUCACGAGCAGCCAGGGGCUCAAGAACAGCCCACAAACUGUCUGCUGAAUUUGAAACAGAUGCAUCUACUCCAUCAAAAGAAGAUUCCAGCAUUUACCUGGGGGAAAUUUAUGGACUUGAUUCAGAGGAUGAGAGCUCUAUUAGGACAACUCUGUCAGCCAAGAGGCAUCCUAAGGAUUCUCGAUCCCGACCACGAGCAGCCAGGGGCUCACGAACAGCCCACAAACUUUCUGCUGAAUUUGAAACAGAUGCAUCUACUCCAGCAAAAGAAGAUUCCAGCAUUUACCUGGGGGAACUUUAUGGACUUGAUUCAGAGGAUGAGAGCUCUAUAGGGACAACUCUGUCAGCCAAGAAGAAGCAUCCUGAGAAUUCUCGAUCCCGAUCACGAGCAGCCAGGGGCUUACGAACAGCCCACAACAUUUCUGCUGAAUUUGAAACAGAUGCAUCUACUCCAGCAAAAGAAGAUUCCAGCAUUCACCUGGGGGAACUUUAUGGACUUGAUUCAGAUGAUGAGAGCUCUAUUCGGACAACACUGUCAGCCAAGAGGCAUCCUAAAGAUUCUCGGCCACGAGCAGCCAGGGGCUCACGAACGGCCCACAAAAUUUCUGCUGAAUUUGAAACAGGUGCAUCUACUCCAGCAAAAGAAGAUUCCAGCAUUCACCUGGGGGAACUUUAUAGACUUGAUUCAGAGGAUGAGAGCUCUAUUAGGACAACUCUGUCAGCCAAGAAGAAGCAUCCUAAGGAUUCUCGGCCACGAGCAGCCAGGGGCUCACGAACAGCCCACAACAUUUCUGCUGAAUUUGAAACAGAUGCAUCUACUCCAGCAAAAGAAGAUUCCAGCAUUUACCUGGGGGAACUUUAUGGACUUGAUUCAGAUAAUGAGAGCUCUAUUAGGACAACCCUGUCAGCUAAGAAGAAGCAUCCUGGGGAUUCUCGAUCCCGACCACGAGCAGCCAGGGGCUCACGAACAGCCCACAAACUUUCUGCUGAAUUUGAAACAGAUGCAUCUACUCCAGCAAAAGAAGAUUCCAGCAUUUACCUGGGGGAACUUUACGGACUUGAUUCAGAGGAUGAGAGCUCUAUUAGGACAUCUCCGUCAGCCAAGAAGCAUCCUAAAGAUUCUCGACCACGAGCAGCCAGGGGCUCACGAACGGCCCACAAAAUUUCUGCUGAAUUUGAAAAAGAUGCAUCCCCUCGAGCUAAAGAAGAUUCUGGAAUUAACUUCGGAGAACUACGUGGGUUGGAAACCGAUUUUGAAAGCUCUCCGAGAGAGACUUCGACUACCCGGGAGGAGCAUAACAAAGUUUCUCGACCUCGGCCACGAGCAGCUAAGGGUCCACGAACAGCACACAAAAUUUCUCGAGAGUUUGAAUCUCUUGAUAUUCAACAAGUCAACGGUCAUCAAAACCAACCAAGUCCGGUUAAUGAACCAGUAAUUGUUGAAGCCCAGGAAGCGGAAAGAGUAACGCGAACAAGAGUCCAAAGAAUUCAGAUCGCUCAGGACAGAUUUAUGGGGGAAGUCGGAGAGUUUGGAGCUGAGGAGAGAGAAAGAAUUUGGGUUGCCCAAAAGAAAACAUUCAAGAAUACCAUGCAGCCAAAAUCACGAUCUACGUCUGUCACAACUAGAGCUACUCGUUCCACUUCUACCCCAGCCUGCCAGUACAGCUUCACUCUUCCAGGAUGUGUGCCUGACCCUCCACCACCCCUACCCAGGCUCAUACCUAGUAUUACCAUCAUAUCUGAGGAGGGGGUGAAACAGAUUCGAUUCGGUUGA